AUGCCUCUUACAAAGUAUCUCCUUCAUCCCUCUCCAGAGGAGGAGAAGAAAAAGGGCCUGAUGCAGAGCCCCAAUUCCUACUUUAUGGAUGUGAAAUGCCCAGGAUGCUAUGAAAUCACCACAGUCUUUAGUUAUGCCCAAAUGGUAGUCUUUUGUGUUGGCUGCUCCACUGUCCUCUGUCAGCCUACAGGUGGAAAAGCAAGGCUGACAGAAGGAUGCUCCUUCAGGAGGAAGCAGCACUGAAAGCCCCUGAUUGAAGAU